AGACCCAACUAUCUCACCCAUCACCCACUACCGAUCUCUAUCUAGCUAGAUCUUUGUCUGUCCUUCUCUCUACUGUGUCUGUGUGUUGUUGGGAGAGAAGAGAAAUCAUGGCUAAGGGAAGAGGCAGUGCAGUGGUUGUUACGGCGGUGCUCCUCCUCGCUUUGCUGCUCCACUGUGAGUGGGCGGAUGCAAAAACCUACACCGUUGGGGAUAGAGGUGGUUGGACCUUUAAUGUUGCUGGGUGGCCUAGUGGAAAAACUUUUAGAGCCGGUGACAUACUCGUUUUCAACUACGGGGCAGCUGCGCACAACGUGGUGGCUGUGAACAAAGCCGGGUACCAGACAUGCAACACUCCAGGAGCUGCAAAGGUAUAUCAAACUGGAAGAGACCAGAUCAGACUUGCUAAAGGACAGAACUUCUUCAUCUGCAAUUUCCCCGGUCACUGCCAAUCUGGAAUGAAAAUUGCCAUUACUGCUGCCUAGUGUAGUGUUCCUACCUUCCUACCUACCUAAUAAUAAAGUCUGCCUAACUAGAGGUUGACUAGCUUAUAUAUCACACCUUUUUUUUCAAUACACUCUUGUUUAAUCCUGUCUAUUUUUGCGAUUGCUUAUUUAAUGA